UCACUCAGUGACGUCAGUUUCCUGCGACGAAACGAGUCACCAAAACAAAGCGUGGGUUGUCACAGUUUUGUAACUCUGUUUAGAAGUACAUGGAAUGAUAAAAUGCCAAUUUGCUGGUUUAUCAGUGAGGAGGCCAAUCAUAAACCCAUUCGACUGCCUCACCUACAGACAGUUGUUCUGGGUCGAGGUCCAGAGACGACUAUUAAAGACAGAAAAUGCUCUCGGCAGCAAGUUGAAUUGAAAGCAGAAUGCAACAAAGGUUAUGUCAGAGUUAAACAGCUGGGCUUGAACCCAACCUCCAUAGACUCUGUGGUGGUGGGUAAGGACAGCGAGGUCAAAAUGAAGGCAGGACAGCAGCUUCAUAUUGUCAAUCAGCUCUACCCAUAUACUGUACAGUUCAAGGAGGAUCCUAUAGGGGACCAUGGCGCCAGGACCAAAAGACGUCUCCAGCCGGCUUCAGAGGACAAAGAGCGCUGCAGAGAGGCUCCGAGUGUGAAAGCAGCCAAACAGACAGAAAAGGUCUCCGAGUCAAUCAAACAUGGAGAAGCCACAAAAAGCAGUGAAAGUUUUGGACAUUGGAACCAAGGUCUGAAGACUUCAAUGCAAGACUCAAAGAUGCAGGUGUACAAGGAUGAUAAAGUAGUAGUGAUCAAAGAUAAAUACCCCAAAGCUCGCUACCACUGGCUGGUCCUCCCGUGGCAGACCAUUUCCAGCCUGAAGGUCUUACGUGAGGAGCACUGCGCCCUGGUGAAACACAUGCAGCAAGUCGCUGACCAGAUGGUUCAGCAGUGCCCAGAUGCUAGCUCGCUACGCUUCCGUACAGGGUACCAUGCCAUUCCCAGUAUGAGUCAGGUACACCUGCAUGUGAUCAGCCAAGACUUCGACUCUCCUUGUUUAAAGAACAAAAAGCACUGGAACUCAUUCACAACUGACUAUUUCAUGGAGUCUCACGAUGUCAUUCAGAUGCUUGAAACAAAUGGAAGAGUCACCGUCAAAGAAGGAAGCAGCGAGUUGUUGAAACUACCUCUCCGCUGUCACGUGUGUCGUAAAGAGUUUCCCACUAUACCAGCUCUGAAGGAACACCUGAAGUCUCACCUUCCCAGCUGAGAAAGUGACCUCAAAGGGAAUACACAACUCAGCUGUGUAUGUGUUCAACAUAGGACUGUAGUUUAUUGGGCAUUAUUUUUGCCAGUUAGUUCGGAUUUACGUUUUUUAUAAAAAAUGUUAUUAUGUGGCUGGAACACAAUGUUGUGGCUGUUGUUGCAUUUUCAACUAGAAGGGCACUUGGAGAGCGCAGACCUCCACUGAGGCAGUUUCCAUAAGCGAAAAAUAAUUUGUGUAUCCGUCCUGUGAUUCGGAACUUCUCUGAAAUUUAAUGGGUUCUUCCUUGGCCCAUGCUACACCCUUCCACCAAGCGUCAUCAAAAUCAGGCCGAUGAUGUUUCCAUAAUCCUGCUGACAAACAGACGAGCAGACAAGCAAACUCAAAAUGCAAAAAAAAACAUAACCUCCUUGGUGGAGAUUGUUUUGGCUGUAUGUUUAAGAAGAGGGCCACUGUGAAAAUUCAUGUUACUUAUGUUGGAUUUCAUUUUUCCCCCCAAAUCUUUGGACUUGGAAAUCCCAUCUUGCAUCUAUUGUUCCCACAUUUCACAUUUCACAUGUCUAAAUAUGUUGUAUUAAAUGUUUUCCAAAAAUUAAAUACUGAUUUUUCUAAAUUUAAAA